ACUUUAAACAUUGGAACCAUUCACCUUCAAUGCUUUUAAUGUUCUUGUGCAACAUUGAACAUUGAACAUUGAACCUCGAAACAUUCAAGGCUUCUUGAGGUUCCAGUACCUCUUCUACGCACACUUUACCUACCCAACGGUCAGGUAGUAUCUGCUCAAGCAAUUAAAAGCCAUGUCCUCCCAGAACCAACAAAAGAUUACUUCCAAGAAUCUCUCCUACUCAACUGAACUUCCGCCCUUCCUUGCCCGACUUCGCGGCCAACAACAGCAGCAACAUGACUCAGACUCUCCAGAUCCAAUCUUAGCUGCGCGACGCCGCGCGGCGCGUCCACGGUCUGCGAGCGACGUGGCUGAGGAAGCACCACUUGUUGUUGACGAAAAUGGACAAGUUAUUUCAUUCAAUGACGCCCUAGAAGAUGAGGACGAAGAAUCUACUGGCGCUACAGUGAACCAAGGCCCUAAAGAAGACGAUAACUUGAAUAAGAGGGAGAAAGAGAAGGAAAAGGAAAAGAUAGCAGGUAUCGGGGCAGGAAAAAAGCGAAAAGUCGGGCGUGUUGUUGGGCGCGGUGAGGAUGAGGGCGAGGACGAGGACGGCAGGAAACCCAAAACUACAAGUGGAGCAAAAGGACAGACCCGAUCAACAACAGCCAAAGAUGAGAAAAUUGCCGACGCAAAGCACGGCGCGAAGCAGGGCAAGAAAAAAGCCAAAAAGAUCAAGCUUAGCUUCGGUGACGACGCGGAUUGAAGAUCCAAUCAAAGUUGAAGUUUUGAAAGGAUAGUCACCACGUUAUUCUAAUCAUUCCAAGGCAAACAGAUUCCUCAGCCUUACAAAUUAUCGAGUACCGAAUACCCACCGAGUCCAAAUAUCUAAUAGGCAUCAGAGCUUCAGUAUCUACGGAGAAUUGCUGGUGUUUCAUGACGGUUAUCGGAUUCGAACAGAUCGCAUACUAUUUGCAAUACAUCAACGAGCCCGAC